AAACCAAGCCUUAAUGAAAAAUCUAUCUCUCUCCCUUUAGUUUUCUCUCUGUGUUCUUUCUUGUAUAUAAAGACCUAAGCUUGAAGCAAUCCAACCACCAGUUAGUCUUUGUGAUUGAAGUACGAAAAGUCUUUGAGAUCACAAGAAACCCUCCUCCUCGUCCGCACGUUUCGAGAUGAGUCGAAGAAGUCCAAAGCUUGAGCUGAAGCUGAAUCUUUCGCCGCCUACGUCAAGCCAGAGGAGGAUGGUUCGAUCUCCAAGCCGCUCUGCAACGACGUCGCCGAUCUCACCGCCAAGCUCGUGCGUCUCUUCGGAGAUGAACCAGGACGAGCCAUCUGUGAGAUACUCGACAAGUCCAGAGACAACCUCGAUGGUUCUUGUCGGAUGUCCUCGUUGUCUCAUGUACGUUAUGCUCUCAGAAGACGACCCUAAAUGCCCUAAAUGCAAAAGCACCGUUCUUCUUGAUUUCCUCCAUGAAAACGCCUCAAACGCCAACGCAAACGCCCCAGCCGCUGCUUCCACUGGUCGCAAGACUCGUAGGAACUGAAGGACCAGUAAAACAAAAAAAAAAUCCGAAAAUCCUCUCUCUCUCUCUUUUUUAUGUCAAGUUUUCUAUUUAUUUAUUUUUCCCUUUUUCUGCGAAUGUAGCUGUUGGUUAUGAGAGUAGUGCUAAUCACGCUCCACUUUUAAAAACCCGGAGAAGAAAUGUAGGAGAUGAAAUUAGGGUUUCCCUACUCAUAAAUUUUCAACUUUAUAAAGGGUGGAGCGCGAAUAGCACUAACUUUUCUUUUUCUUUUUAUUUUCUUUUCUUCCUAAUUAGCAUUUUUCUACCAUUUGGGUCCUCUAAUGGAAGAAGAAUUUAUAAAUAUAUGUAUGUGAAAACAUGUGUCAUUGUCUUCGUGUUUUUA